AUGUUGGAGUUUUUCUAUACUGGAAUGGUUUCUGAUGAUAAAAUGAAAGAUCAUGUUGAUGGUAUUUUUGCUAUUUCACAUAAAUAUCAAGUAGAAAUGUUAAAAUAUUUGUGUGAACGUUUUAUGUCUUGCAAUAUUAAUAUGGAAAACAUUGUUAAAUAUUGUGGGAUUAUUAAUUUAUAUGGAGCUCCAACUUUGGAGAAGGUAAUUUUCCUGAAGGAUUAUGUUAGAGAGCUUCGACUGUAUCCUUCUACAAUUUUUAUUUAA